CGUUCCAGGCUACAGCCUCUACAGCUGGCGGAGCGACCGCCGCACAGCGCAGCAGGCUGGACUGAACUGAACUGAGAAGCACCGCGUCUCUGUCGUCCUCCUGAAAUGCGCUCGGUCUUCGUAACGAGACUCAUCUCUACCUGUAGCCCCCACAAACACAGAAACCCCGCUUCUGUUCCUCUGCUCCUCCAAACGUAGCGCCGGGGGGCGGGAGGCUUUGGACCAAAAGCUUACUGAAGGAACCCGGCUACUUUGGACUCAGGCAGCCGCUGAACGCCCCUCGCUUCUCUGUGUCUGGGUAAGCGCUCCUCUCCAAGCCUUCGCAUACCAUCAGUGUGGACCAACCUGACAUAUCAUCCACAAUCAUUUGAUGCUAUUCAAUUAGAAGCUGGACGAAUAUUCAUCUCCAUCAGAGUGUGAUUCCCAGUGGGUUUGCUGUCCUUCUUAACCCGACUUCUGGCAACACGAAGAGGCGAGGCCAUCCCUGACUAAUCAUCCACAGUGUCGAGCUGGUACCUGUCCGAUGUCCUCUGCCCACACAGUGUGAUGUGUCAUGGCUCCGGUGCUGAGUGGAGUGCGGUGGCUUUCGGAGGCGGGAGUUGUUGGGUCGGGGACGGCAGCUGCCACUGGCGCCGCGUACUGGCCGCAGAGUGAGCAGCUGGUGUUGGUCGUCACACUCAGCAUCGUCACCGGCUUGUUGCUGCUCUCUGUGCUGCUUGGGCUGUGCGCCAGCUGUCAGGGGCAGAAGAAAGUAAUAAAUGGAACUACUACAGGAGACCAAGAAAACCUUGUAAAUGGAGUGUCGGAGAAGGAGAUGGUCAGCCAAUCAGCAGACAGUCCAGUGACUGACGCAGCAGUCAGCAGCUCUCACAACGGUCCUCUAACCAGCGGUACAAUCCUCUCAGACACACAAGACACCAGCCCUCAGUUGUCCGAGGAGCUGCUCUCCAGCCAAUCAGAGCUCAGGUCCUCUAAGUGCCAUCAGGACCGAGAGCUUCCCAGCCUCCCUCCUGGCAGUGCCCCCAUGGAGGACAGACCCCCAGCCUCAGGAGACAGCACUUAUGAGGUGGUGAAGGAGAUGGAGGUGGCAUCCCGCGACGUCAGCGUUGAGGACUCUCUCUACGAGACUGUCAAGGAGAUCAAAGACACCUCAGUGCAGCCUUGCCUUGCCAACGGUACCGUCCAGCCGAGCCCCGAUGAACCUCCACCUCAACCUCCCGCCCUCGUCAACGGCCACCCCAGCCCCUGCACCCCAGAGCGGGUGCCGCUGAGUGAAGGGGUCGAGUACGCCUCUGUUGACCUGCGAAAGAAGAGCCGACACAGCGCUGACUUGGAUGCCAAAAGGCGCUCCGAUAACGCCGCCAUUCCCUCACGCAAACCUGCGGAGGAGCCAGAGGAGGAGCCGCCGCCGCCUGUACCGAAGAAGGUUCUCGACGAAAACGACAACCAGCCAGCGGUGAUGAAUGGUGUGGAAGGGUCUGGGCUGGACAAUGGAGAGUUAAAUUCUCUGUCUCCUCCACUGGAAUUUGAAGACCACCCACAAUCAGACAAUGAAUCACCGCUGUACUCUACUGUUAAUAAGACGAACUGCAACAAGGCUUUUAGCGAGGACGACAAAGAGCACGACUACAGCAGCAUCGCAGAGAUCAAAGGUAUUGUCCCGAACUCGUCCUCCAGCGACCUCUACGCCACGGUUCAUGACAUCUACGCUCAACCUGACGAGCCCCAGGCGGGCGAAGAGCCCCCAAUGGACAGCUCAGAUCCCGGCUACGAAUCAAUCCGCAUCCCAAAGACUACUAGCUCUGAUGACAAUCACGGAGCCGGGAACGGCAAGCCAGAGCCUGACUACGAAAGCGUGGGAGAGCUGGGUCUCAGUCGGGAAAUGUCCCGUCUUUGAGCUGACUGCCUCAGCGUCGCAUCUUACAAGUAGCACUUUGAAGCAGCUGUUUAGGAUGCCUUUGAUGCAAAUUGCUUCUCAAAGUUUCCUUAUCAAGUGUACAUCUUCUUUGCAGCUUAGGUACAGCUUAUCAUAUGUGAACGUUAUUAAUCAACCAGAGCGAGACAUCGGUACUGGUAGGCCUUAAAAUCUCUGGGUUGUUAAAAAUAAUGGCAACAUAUUCUGGUCAACAGAGAAAAAAAAAGAUAUUGAUCUAGUGCCAUAUAACUUGCAUAAAAGUCAUUCACUAACUGUAUUAUGUGAUUAUUUGUAUGGCUUCUCUGCACCAGCUAGUUUUUCAAGCUUCUAGAUAACCGUCAUAUUUUACUGAAGCAUCAAAUGGCAUAUUUCUAGGCCUUCUUCUGUCAAGUUUGCGCCACCUCCACCGUGCAUUCUCACUAGAUGUUCCUGUGAAAGGGUUUCUAGCAGAAAAAGAGAAAAUUGAUGAAACUGAGACUGGGCUUGACAUUUGAAAGGUUGGAAAUAGUCACUGCGAAGGAAAAAAUAGUUUUUCAUUUGAGCUUUAAAGUUUCAUAGUACAUUUUGACCUUUCUAUAAACUUUAGGGUCCACAGCAACAGGUUUUGUACAAAUGAUAUUGUAUUUAUUCGAAAAUGUUUAUUAUUGUGUAAUUGUGAAAUGUUUCUGACUGCGUCUGUGAGAGGAUUUUAUAGAAGUUUCGUGCAUUUUCAUUAAGAUCCUAAUGAAAGUUAACAGUGGGUUUGAUGCCACUUCGGUACGCGUUCCUUUCAUUUUAUUAAGAUGUCAGCUUUCACAAACUUUGAAGUACUUAUGUGUUUAAAUGACAAAACACACUUGCCUAAUUAUAUUCUUUAACAGUUUUUUUUGUCUUUUUGUACAAGGGACUGUCUUCAUCUUGCUUCAAAGCACUUGAAUUAUUUUAAUGGUACUACAGAAAUCAUCACCACAGUUCAGUUUUUAAAGCACCUUCAACAUUUAUUAGCACCUCUAAUAAAGACCUGCACAAAGCCUUAAAAAUAUAUUCAUUUGAAUUUCAGGAGCAUAACUCUGCUCUGAAAUUUUCACAAAAGUUUGCUUUGGAUAUACUUCUUACCAUCUUACUUACAGUGUGUGUGACAAGAUAAACACUUUCUUCACAGUAUUGAAAAGCGUAGAUGUAUAUAUUUUUGACGUGGAUAAGAAAGAAAAAUCUGGAAACAUCUCUGGAAAUUAAGUUUCCAGAGUUGUUUUAUUAUCUAAAAGCCGAAACCUCAGAUUGUCUCAAAAAUUAGUCUUGUAUACAUUUAUCUUUGAUUUGCCACAUGGAAAUUUAGGCUUCAGUCGUCUUUUUUUAUCGUUCGUAUUUUUUCUGUCGGUGACAGAACCCUUAUUUAAAUGUUCAUCCAGAAAGUAAAAUAAAGAGCAGUUUCAUCUUAUUACCUUUUAGAGACUUUUAGAUCAAUAAUUUCAAAUUUUUGUGGUUUUUGAUGCCACAGGGCCAGCAGAUUGACAUUUUUACAUAUUGCAUAAGGUAUCAAAGAUUACCAGCUGCUUUCCAGAAACUAUGUUUAGCAUAAUAAAAUGCACUCUUGGUUUACAAUGAGUUACAGAGUUUUAAAAGAUAGGUGCUAUAAUUUGUCAGAAAAACUGUGAAAUUGUCCUUUACCAAAAUCAAAAGCCAACUUCAGCAUUGUGAUUUUUAGGAUCUGUGGAUCACACUGCUAAUAAAAUCUAAAAUUGAUCUGACUGUUUCUACGGUAACAUUUAGGUUGAUUACUAUUUUGUUUUUCUGUCUUCUAAAUAUCAACACACAUCUGGCUUACUUGAACUGUAAGUUCUCUUGUCUUUUUCUCAAAUUAGAGUGCCUCAGUGAAAUUCGCUGCUGUCUCACACCAGUUAUAUCACAGGAAAAAUUGGAUUUCCCUCUUUUAAUAUUUUUAGUAUUAUUUUACAAAGCUAUUUUAAUAACUAUCAUAGGUUUAAGUAAGUCUCCAAAUGCCGUGAUUAACUUUUGUAAAAUAUACAUUGAAAAUGAAUCAGUUUCACUAUUUGUAAAUCUAAUGGUACAUUUUACAAUAUUUUUUUUAUAAACCAAAUAAUUACUACUUGAAUGUUUUUUUUUCUUAGACUGAUCAAAUGUUCUCAAAUUAAAGGCUGAGUUUUUUUGGGGGGUUUUUUUGCAUGUCAUCAUGCUACUCCAUUACAAGAUGCAUUCAUUUUUAAGACUUUUUACACAUCUUUAUUAUGGGUGCCAAUGAAUUCAGAAGGUUUGUAUGUGUAAACUUUGAGCACAUAAUGUAUUUUAGAUCCAUCUACUUAACAGCUUGUACUGACGAAAUGCCAGCUAAGGUGUGUAUAUUGUAAAAGCACUAUUUUAACCAGCUGUUAUUCACAGGAAAUAUUAUGUAAUCUUGUAUCUAUUUGUGAAAUGUCAAGAUUUCUUUUUUUAUUUAAGAGCAAUUAUGAAUGUCCGUCUUGUUUGGUUUUUUUUGUUGUUUUUUUUAGUUGAUUGUAACAAAAUGGCAACUAAUCAAAUGUGAGUGAAGUGGUACAGUUAUUUUGGUACAAGCAUUGAAAGAUGAGUUUGGUACUUAAAUUUAAAAAAAAAAAAAAAAAAGUCUUCAAGUAUGUUUACUUGGUUGUAAUUUUGCUGUAUUUUUUGUCCCUCUUUGCCACAGUAUACUCCCCUUGCAGAAAAUUACUGUCAGCUGUUUCCACCCACAUCCAAAUAUUAAAGUGUUACAGUAUCUUCA